AUGAAUGUCACCGUUUGUGUAGCCCUUCAAGAGAUGCUGCUGCUGCUGCUGCUGCUGCCCCUGCUCUGGGAGGGGUCCUCGCCCCAGACACUGGAUAUGCAGCCCUGGGUGAGUGUGCAGGAGGGGCUGUGUGCCCAAGUCCCCUGCACCUUCAACUACUCCUCAUCCUUUAACAGCAACCCAGUUUAUGGCUAUUGGUUCAGUGAAAGGACUGAUCUUUACCGUGGGACUCCUGUGGCCACAAAUGACCCAUUUCGGAUGGUGGAGGGGACAGCCCAGGGGAGAUUCCAUCUCCUUGGGGAUCCCAGGAAGAACAACUGCUCUCUCAGCAUCACAGACGCCCACUUCUCAGACAGUGGCAGAUACUACUUCCGUGUUGAAAAUGGACAUGAAAAAUACAGUUACACAUGGGAGCCACUUUCUGUGACUGUGACAGGCUUGAUCCAGAAGCCAGACAUCAGCGUUCCAGAGGUGCUAGAGUCAGGGAAAUCAGUGACUCUGAAGUGCACAUUUCCCUCGGACUGUGGGGAAAAUAGGGCCUUCAAGUUCUCCUGGAGGGGGGCUGCCCUCUCCUCCCAGCCAGGAAGCUCUGGGACCUCCCACUCCUCAGAGGUCUCCUUCAUCCCUGGGCACCAGCAUCAUGGCACCAGCCUCACCUGUCAGCUGACCUUGCCUGGAGGCCGUUUGAGAACAGAGAGAACCGUCCAACUCAAUAUAACAGGGUUUUCUGCCCAGGAUAACAGCUCCUGGCCAUUGAUGUUCACCCUACUGAGGGGAGCACUCAUGUGUGCCGGCUUCCUCCUCACUUAUGGCCUGACGUGGCUCUAUUACACCUGGACCAGGCCUCUAGCCCGAAACCACACUGCUUCCCCUGAGCAGGACAAGUGA